AUGGCCGACGCCUCUGUACCUUCCGUUGACAUCUCUUCCUCCAAGCCCGACAGACUUCCCACGACCGUCGAGAAGCCGACACCAUACACUUACGACCUCGCAUACCUCGCCGCCACAGACCCCAAUCCUCUCCCGUCAACGAGCACGCUUCUCUCUCAGUCUUACGCCGACCGCAACACCACACUACAGACCCUCGCCCGAGACGGCGCCCAAUCGCUCCUCAACACGCUCUUGACGACCUGCUCCAUAACAUCGACGCCGGACGGCCUCGUGAUGUCGCUGCCACCUCCGGUCACGAACCUGCCACGGUGGAAACCGCUACCGAAACCCAAGGCGCCCACGAAAUGGGAACUCUUCGCCCGCAAGAAGGGCAUCGGCAAGUACGCGGGCAACCUCCACGGCGGCGCAGCUCUGGAAGACCGCAAGAAGAACCUCGUCUACGACGAGGAGAGCGGCGAGUGGGUCAAGAAGUGGGGGUACAAGGGCAAGAACAAGGCCGCUGAGAACGAGUGGCUCGUCGAACUCGACGACGACAAGGCCGCCAAGGAGAGCGAGGGCAAGAACGUACGGACAGAAGGGCGAAAGGAACGCGUCGACCGGAUAAAGCGCCAGGAGCGACGACAGAGGAACAACGAGCGCAGGAAUAGAAAGGGCAAAGUCGGUUGA